CCAGGGGGCCAGUAUCCAGAGGGCCAGUGUGUGGCCUACAGAAGAGACGGACUGUCUGGGUGGCAAGCCUGGGCUCCAAGGACUGGAGUGAGAUCCGGCAGCUGUGGGCCUCAGGAAGUCUCCUGGGACUGGCAGAUGGUCCAUUUUUGCAGCAGCUGUGGGGUCCACUGGCCCUAAUGCCUCAGGUGCUCGUGUCUCUAGCCUUGCGACUGCCUCACUAGUGCUUUCUUUCCCCUAGGUGGCUAUGGAUGCCAGGUGGAGCUGAAAGCAGUGGGGCAUGGCUGCAGCCCUGCAGGUCUUACCCUGCUUGACCCGAGCCCCAUUACUCCCACUCCUCUGGGGGCGCCCAGGGGCACGGCUGGCCAGUGGCAUGGCCUUGGCAGAGCAUGCUCAGAAGCUGUUUGAGAGCACUAUUGCUGCUGUUCUGCCGGGCCCCAUGAUGCGCCGGGCACUGUCCUUGGACCCUGGCAGUGGACAGCUGAAGAUUCGGGAUCGGAGCUUUCAGCUGCGGCAAAACCUCUACCUGGUGGGCUUUGGCAAGGCUGUGCUGGGCAUGGCAGCUGCAGCUGAAGAGCUACUGGGGAAGCAUCUGGUGCAGGGAGUGAUCAGCGUUCCCAAGGGGAUCCGUGCUGCCAUGGAGUACACCGGCAAGCAGGAAAUGCUACUGAAGUCACACAGCCAUGUCCAGGUCUUUGAGGGUGCAGAGGACAACCUGCCGGACCAUGAUGCACUUCGGGCUGCGUUUGCUAUUCAGCAGCUGGCUGAAAGUCUGACAGCUGAUGACCUGCUGCUCGUGCUCAUCUCAGGUGGGGGCUCAGCCCUUCUGCCUGCCCCCAUCCCACCCGUCACACUGGAGGAGAAACAGACACUCACCAAGCUGCUGGCGGCCCGAGGAGCCACCAUCCAGGAACUGAACACCAUCCGGAAAGCCCUGUCCCAGCUCAAGGGUGGGGGGCUGGCCCAGGCUGCCUACCCUGCCCAGGUGAUAAGCCUGAUUCUAUCAGAUGUGGUGGGAGACCCUGUGGAUGUGAUUGCCAGCGGCCCCACUGUGGCCAGUGUUCACAACGUACAAGAUUGCCUGCACAUCCUUAAUCGCUAUGGCCUCCGUGCUGCCCUGCCGCGUUCCGUGAAAACUGUGCUGGCUCAGGCUGACUCUGACCCUCGUGGGCCACACACCUGUGGUCAUGUCCUCAAUGUGAUUAUUGGCUCCAAUGCACUUGCACUGGCUGAGGCCCAGAGGCAGGCUGAGGCACUGGGAUACCGGGCCGUGGUGCUGAGUGCAGCCAUGCAGGGCAACGUAAAAAGUGUGGCCCACUUCUACGGGCUGCUGGCCCAAGUAGCUGGAGCCCACCUCACUUUGCCCAGCACUGGAGCCCCCGUGGAGGAGGGUGAACAACUCCAUGAGCUGGCGGCUGAGCUUCAGCUCCCAGACCUGCAACUAAAGGAGGCCCUGGAGGUCGUGGUAGGGGCUGAGGGCCCCGUCUGCAUGCUGGCUGGUGGCGAGCCCACAGUGCAAUUGCAGGGCUCUGGCAAGGGUGGCCGGAACCAGGAACUGGCCCUCCGUGUCGCAGCAGAGCUGGGACGACGGCCACUGGGGCCUGUUGAUGUGCUGUUUUUGAGUGGUGGCACCGAUGGGAGGGAUGGGCCCACAGAGGCAGCUGGGGCCUGGAUUAUGCCCGAGCUUGCCCACCAGGCCGCCGCUGAGGGCCUGGAUGUGGCCACCUUUCUAGCCCACAAUGACUCACAUACCUUCUUCCACCGCUUCCAAGGUGGGACCCAUCUGCUGUACACAGGGCUGACAGGAACCAAUGUCAUGGAUGUCCACUUCCUGUUCCUGAAGCCACGGUGAUGACAUAGGUCAUGUUUUGGGAGUCCAGAGGCAGCCUACAGGGUAGGGUCCUGGGGCAGACCAGGGUUGGUCCCCAGGGUCUCACCAGGCCUUAAGGCCCCUCCUUGGCCCCUGCUGCAUGGUUGGCUCUUAUACCUCCCACCCCAGGGCCUCUGCUUCAUGUCUGUUCCUCAGAUCAAACUGGCAGGAUGGUGGAUCUCUUCCACCUCUACUUUCAGCUGUGGCAGCAGGUGCCUCAGGUCCACGGCAGCAAGGUGUCCUGAGGACCAGGACAGAUCUCUUGGCCAGUUCGCUAUUCCCCUGGGCAGCACCACUGCUGAGCUCCUGAGACUGCUUUUUUCUGUGGGGUGAGGCAAGAAGGACUGGAAAUAAAAAAGACCACUCGGCGGGGUCUCAGUGCAUCCUCCUUCAGAGCAAGGACCUGCGGGAGCUGCUGGGGAGGGGGAGGGGGCGCUGCACCACAGCACCUGGACCCAGUAGGAGUUCCCCACACCCUCUCUCCACAACACACUUGGCACUUGUUUCAUUUCAGCAGGAGCCUGGGAGGGUUGAGCCUGGCUCCCAACACACUCAGUGAAGGUGAGCAGAGAGCCCAGGGAGGACAGGCGUAAGGACUGCUCUCUGUGGGGUCUGGGGGGGACUGGCCACCCAUCUAACAAUGACUCCCCAGUGGCAUCCCUGCCCUGGUCUCCAGCCUCUGCCAUAUGCCUCGCUGGGCCCUGCUUUCUACCUCUCACCAGGGACACCCCUCCUGCCUUGGGUAGUCCUAAGCCACAGACACAGCUUUUGUGGCUGGGCUGCCCUCUAUCUAGGGGCCACCCUAGCUACAUAGGACACUGGACCUUGUUUCCUUGUGCCAGCUCUUUUCCUAGUCUGAAUACCCCCACUUCCUUCAGCCACUACUCGGGAUACCGUUGUGUUCCUGGUACCAACCUUGUCAUGGGGGUCUCCACUGCUGCGAUGGUGGGCCAGAGCAGUGAUAGGGUCCAGCAGCCCCUGCCUCUCCCUAUUAAAGAUGGCAGGGAAAGGGCCAGUGAGGGGAAAAGCAACAAAGGAGGCCAGCAGUCUGUGCUGAGAGAGGGAUGGGUCACUGUCCCCACUCUCCUUGGGCCCCAUGCUCAGUGUCCAAGCCCUCCGCUGGCCGCCCCCGCCGUGCGCCACGGCUCCAAUCCCUAUAUGAGUGAGCAGUAGAAUCACAUAGGAAUAAAAAGCCAUAGAGAACAGCGAGGCCUGGGGCUGCUUCUGCUGGCCACCCCAGCCAUCUCCCAGCCCCUCCUACUGAAGGUGUGAGGGGCUCUGGGCCAGAGCUGGCAUGCCCUCCCUCUAGGAACAGACUCCCUCCCCCACUUGGGCCCUGACAGCCCAGCUCGCAGGUGGUUCGUGAACUGAAGAUGUCACAUCAGGCAGGCUGGGCAUUGAGAGGGAGGUGAGCAAAGUGAGCUGGUCUCUGAGGCCAAGGAGGUUUAGGGAAUAGGGGAGAUGACACCCUGCUGAGGCACCAGUUCCUUCUGCAUAUAGUCAAAGCUGACCAGGGUUGGGGGGCUCAUGGUGUUAGGGGAUAUUGUCCCCACAUGGCAGUGCCCGUAUCCUGGUGCUCCUUAGGCAACAUCUAGAUAUGCCCUGUGCCUGCUUCAGUCCUUGCUCAGGAGCACACGUAUUAGCACUGGGGGUCAAGGUCCAGGCAAGAGCAGGACCUGAGGGCUGGGGCAGAGGACCUGUCUGCCGUGUCCCAGCAUGUGUAUAUGUGUGGGUGUUGGUGCCGGCAUACCACCGACGGGGGAUGCACGUUUGUGUACACGUAAGUGCUCCACUCAGGAGAUAAGCUGCUGCUUGUGCACA